CUUCGUGCGCUGGCAGGGAGGAGGGAGGGAUCUCUUGUAAAUUUAAUUCUAGUUGUAACAGCGGCGUCACUAAAAAAAAACAAAACGGCACCGGUCCGUACAGUUUGAAAGAAAAUGCCCCGCGUUUACAUUGGCAGAUUGAGCUAUCAUGUGCGGGAGAAGGACAUCCAAAGGUUCUUCAGCGGCUACGGCAAGUUGCUGGAGAUCGACCUGAAAAAUGGGUAUGGUUUUGUCGAGUUUGAAGACACGCGUGAUGCUGACGAUGCCGUGUACGAGCUGAACGGCAAGGAGCUGUGCGGGGAGCGUGUGAUCGUUGAGCAUGCCCGCGGACCUCGCAGGGACCGAGAUGGAUACGGAGGCGGGGGAGGAGGAGGAGGAGGAGGUUACGGUGGACGCAGUGGUGGUGGUGGUGGCAGUGGAGGUGGCUAUAGCAGAAGCCGUGUUGGCAGGGAUAAGUAUGGGCCUCCAGUCCGCACAGAAUACCGUCUGGUUGUGGAGAACCUCUCCAGUCGAUGCAGCUGGCAAGACCUCAAGGAUUUCAUGCGGCAGGCUGGGGAGGUUACGUAUGCUGACGCUCACAAGGAGCGCACCAAUGAAGGGGUGAUUGAGUUCCGCUCCCACUCGGACAUGAAGAGGGCAAUGGAGAAGCUGGACGGCACAGACAUAAACGGUCGGAAGAUCCGCCUGGUGGAGGACAAGCCGCGCCGCCGACGCUCCUACUCUGGAAGCCACUCCAGGUCCCGCAGCAGGCGCCGUUCUCGUAGCAGGAGCCGCAGAAGCAGUCGAUCCCGCAGCAACUCAAGGUCACGUUCCCGAUCCCGCUCAAGAAGCAAACGGCGUUCUAGGUCAGGCAGGAAGUCCCGUUCUAAAUCCCCUGCCAGGAAGUCCCGUUCUAAAUCCCCUGCCAGGAAGUCCCGUUCUAAAUCCCCUGCCAGGAAGUCCCGUUCUAAAUCCCCUGCCAGGAAGUCCCGUUCUAAAUCCCCUGCCAGGAAGUCCCGUUCUAAAUCCCCUGCCAGGAAGUCUCGUUCCAGGUCCCGCACCAGGAAGUCUCGUUCCAGGUCCCGCACCAGGAAGUCCCGUUCCCGCUCUCCCAGCAGGAAGUCCCGCUCCAAGAGCGUGUCAAAGCCCAAGUCAGACCGUGACUCCCGCAGCCCCUCUGAAGAGAAGUCUGAGAUUAAGAAGUCCCGCAGCCGAUCCUGCUCACCUGUGGAGAAUGGGAAAGGGGACCAGCUCAAAUCUGCCAGCCCUUCUACCUCCCCCAAGCCAGAUGAGCGUCGCUCCAAGUCUCCCCCGUCCAAACGAUCAGCAUCCCGAUCCCCUUCACACUCAAAAUCCCGUUCCCGGUCUGGCUCCAGAGAUUAGCAGCUAGCGGGAUUGUCUGUACCUGUGUUUCUCUCGCUCUGGGGGGUUUAUUCCAGUAAUGGGGGGGGGUGGGGAUGAUUUUUUUUGUUACCUGUUUACACUGAUCUGCAGAUUAAGUGCUCAAGGUUUGGUUGGUUGACUUGUAUGGCUUCCUGGCACUUGGCUUAAAGGCUGCUGUUUUAUUACGUAAGAUUACUUAAAUGAGACAAACCAGAUGUGGGUUACUUGGACUGCAAAGAAGAGCAUACCUAAUGGACUUAAGGUUCAGUUUUCUUUUGACCUUUUGUUUGCGUGAGAUGCAAUUUAACUUUUUGUCCAAAUGUACUUUUUGUUUGUUUGUUUUUGGUCCACCCAGAGCAACAUUGCCAAGUGGAUGGUACCACUAGCAGGUUUGGGCUUUUGUAUCUGUGCUGAUACUCCUUUAGUUAAAGCAGUAGUAUGACCAUUAACCACUGGGUGGAUGACAUUGUUUGCAAAUUUUAUAUAAUUUUUUUUUUAUGUUGCCAACUUUAGUUAAAGCCACCAUUUAUCUAAAUAGUUACGUGUUUGUUGCACCAGUUUGGUUCCUUGUGGCAUGAGACCAGCAAUAACAACUAUUGAUCACUGAUUCAGGACUUCCCUGCCAUGUGUUUCUUUCAUUGCCAAAGUGUAAACCCUGAAACAAGCAUGUUAACUUUUUACUGUACAGUUAUAUUAAAGGUUCUUAGGAAAAAUAAAA